UAUAACUUUGCCCCUGUUAUUUCACACGUGAUAGAGGGGCCGCGCACGCGCGGUUUGCGUUUCUCCCCUACUCUGUUAUUCUCGGAUUAUCAUGGCGGCUGGAGGGGCCGGGGCCGGGGCCGGGGCUGGUGUGGGAGCGCCCGCGUCCCUGUUGCAGGGCUGGGAACGGGAAAACGCGGCCAGAGAAGCGGCGGAAGGAGUAAAAACUGGGACCUGCACCAUCUUGGAUGUUGUUGAAACCUUGGGAUCCCCUCUUGAGAAUGCAGAUCCUCGAAUGCGUGCACAGGGUAUCCAAAUGCUCUCUGAAGUCCUCCUGCAGUGCUACUCCCUACUUCAAGAGCAGGAAGUGACACAUCUUGUUUUGUUCUACGAGAACCGGCUGAAAGAUCAUCACCUUGUAAUUCCCUCUGUGCUGCAAGGACUCAAAGCUCUGAGUAUGUGUGUGGCGUUGGUUCCAGGCCUGGCAGUGUCUGUUCUCAAAGCCAUCUUCCAGGAAGUUCAUGUCCAGUCUUUGCUGCAAGCGGAUCGCCAUACAGUCUACAGUAUCAUCACUAACUUCAUGAGCAGUCGAGAGGCAGAGCUGAAAGGUCUGGGUGCUGACUUCACCUUCGGCUUCAUCCAGGUGAUGGAUGGGGAGAAGGACCCACGCAACCUGUUAAUAGCCUUCCAGAUUGUACGAGACAUCAUUGUAAAAGGCUAUGCUCUAGGGCCCUUCGCAGAGGAGCUGUUUGAGGUGACUUCCUGCUACUUCCCCAUCGACUUUACCCCUCCCCCCAAUGAUCCUCAUGGAAUCCAGAGAGAAGACUUGAUUGUCAGCCUGCGGGCAGUGCUGACCUCCACCCCCAUUUUUGCUGAGUUCCUGCUCCCAUUGCUCAUUGAGAAAAUGGACUCUGAUGUACAAAGUGCCAAGCUGGACUCCCUGCAAACCUUGAAUGCUGCCUGCAUGAUCUAUGGGCAGAAGGAGCUGAAGGAAUUCCUACCUAGCCUUUGGUCAUCUCUGCGGAGAGAGGUGUUUCAGACGGCAAGUGAGAAGAUUGAAGUAGAAGGUCUGUCUGCUUUGCGUGCUCUUUCAACAUGUCUGUCUCGCUUGGUGCUGAGUUCUGAUGAUGAGGAUCUUUUAGAUUCCUUCCUUGCGGGCAUUCUGCAAGAUUGCAGACACCAUCUAUGCGAGCCUGACAUGAAGCUGGUGUGGCCGAGUGCCAAACUCUUGCAGGCAGCUGCAGGGGCCUCUUUGAGAGGCUAUUACCGGAUCACAAAUAGUGUACUUCCCUUGCUGGUGGAACAGUAUACCAAACAUGUGCAGAGUAGCCAGCACAGGACAAUCUUGGAGGUGCUGCUUGGUUUCUUGGAGCUGCGACAACAGUGGGGUCUUCAGGAGGAAGACAAGAGUCCUCUGCUUUGCUCCAAAGCUGCCCUGUGUUCCAUGGUGUUCUCUGCACUUACUGAGCCCAGUGUACAACUUCAGUUGAUUGGGAUUCGGGUUCUGACCUUUCUAGGAUCACUGCAAGGGCUCCUAACCCUUUCAGAUGUGGAGAAGCUUGUGGAUCACCUUGCACAGUUCAUCCUGCAUGAGGAAGAUUCCCAGACCAGCUUGGCAGCAAUGGAGGCUGCUGGCAUCCUGGCUCCUGUCUAUCCAGAGGCCUUCAGCAGGUGUUUGGUUCGGAAGCUCUCAGAAGGGCUGCAAUCAGAAAUUCAGGAAGACACUAGUCCACCCCAACAGGAACGAUGCCUGCAGGCCCUGGCAGCAGUGUCCACUCACUCUAGUAUAGUGAGGGAAACUGUUCCAGUUCUCCUGCAGCACCUUCAGCAAGUUCAGGAAGACACGAUGCCUGCAGAUAGCCACGCUGUGGUGUCUGUGUGCCAGAGUCUGCAGCAGGUGGCAUUGCAAUGCCAACAAGAUGCUCAGAGUUAUUGGUACUUUCACCAGGCUGUGGUGCCCUGCUUGGUGGGCUUAGCAGUGCAGGCUGCUAUUCAAGAGAAUUCCCACACAGUGCCAAGCAAAAUACUGCUAAAGGAAGAAGCCUUAUCAGCCAUGGUAUUGGUCAUCAGCACUGCGUGUACACACUUAAACCCAGAGCUGGCUGCCCAGAGUGUCUCCAAAGUGGUUCCCCUCUUCUUAGAUGGAGACCUUUCCUUUCUUCCUGGAAACGCCUUUCACAGCACUUUCCAGCACUUUCAGGAUGGGCAGUGUCUGAUGGCAGCCCAGAGAAGACUUGUUGCUCUCCUCAUGGCCUUUGUCUGCUCAUUGCCAAGGAAUGUUCCAAUUCCUCAGCAAGACCGUUUGCUGUGUGAACUGUUAGCCCUGAGCUGUUCCAGUGACUGCCCCUUCACUGCCACAGCUGCUGCCAAAUGCUUUGCAGGGCUGGUUAACAAGCACCCAGCAGGGCCUCAGUUAGAUGAACUCUUGGAGACAGCCACAAACAAGCUGGAGCAAGGCCUGAAUGAGGGUACUCAUCAAAGCCAGGCCCUCAUCUUGCUGCUUUGGGUGAGCAAGGCUUUGUUGCUACGCUAUCACCCACUAAUUACACACCUGACUGACAAGCUACUGAUGCUUUUGGGGGACACAGUCCUUGGCCCUGCAGUGGGUGAUGGCUUUGCCUUGCUCAUGGGCGACUCCCCAGAUGUGCUGGGCAAGAGCUGCCAUGCUGAGGUGCGCCUCAUGUUCCGCCAGCGCUUCUUCACAGAGUGUGUGCCACAAUUGGUGCAGGGUUUCCACACAGCUGCCCCUGGUGUGAAAGCAAAUUACCUGAAAGGCUUGUCCCACAUACUGAACUAUUUGCCCAAGCCAGUGCUAGUGACAGAGCUGCCUACGUUGCUGCCUCUCUUGGUGGAAGCUGUAUCAUGUCCUGACCGUGUGGUGCAGCUCUCAACUUUGCACUGUCUGCAGCCAUUGUUGCUUGAUGCACCUCAUGUCAUGAGUCUGCAUAUUGAUACACUUGUGGGCAAGUUUCUCAGCCUGACAGAUAGCACUGCUAUGGCAAUCCGCAUUGCUGCACUUCAGUGCCUCCAUGCCCUUGCCUCCUUGCCUACUCCAGUGGUUUUACCCUACAAGUCACGAGUAAUUCGAGCACUGGCCAAACCCUUGGAUGAUAAGAAGCGGCUGGUGCGGAAGGAAGCUGUGACAGCACGCGGAGAAUGGUUUCUGCUUGGGACAUCUGCAAGGUGAAGCUUCACUCUGCAAAUCCUGACUGACAAUCUCGCCUGCCCCUGCUCACCUAGCAAGCCACCUGCCUUUAUGUCCUGGAGCCUAGAUUUCUGUGCAAAACAGCAAGGCGCUGGGCUGAAGAGGAUUUUUUUGGUGGACUGCCCUCUCUUAAUCACAACAUCUGCAUCCAAUAGGAUGGAGCAGCCAGCCCCAGUUCUGCUGCAGCACAGUAGUGUAUGGAGGUAGCAGGACCCCUGUACGUUAUGUGUGGGGCCAGAAGAAUAAAAAACUUGUUUGUUAACA